AUGAACAGGUCUGUGGCAGUGUUGAUGGGUCAUUUCGGCCGCAAUUACACAUUACGACAUUAUCUUUUCCACUCUGCAGUUGCUUCUUGUCGGCCUCUGUUUGCUGUAUUGAUUUUUUUCUCCACAUUUCUCCCUCUUUCCGUUUUCUUAAAAGGUCCGGCCUUUAUGGUGAUUGCUCAUUAAUUGUUGCCUUAACAAAUAGAGUCCAUUAUACAAAGUGCAUUUGUGUGUGUGUGUUGUGAGGGGGGGGGGUAACAGUCGUCUUUCAAUCAUUAAACCGCAAACACAUUAAGAUUCACACAGAUAAAAUCAGAGCCUCCUACACACCAUAGACAACACGUCUUACUCCAUGUACUGAACAAAUACACAACCUUUAUGCUCAAAUAGAUAUGCACACAACCAGAGAAACCCCAGUCUAAUGAUAAAGCUCAUUUCAUCUGUUUGCCUGAUAUUACGAGUCGUUAAUGCACUGAUCAAGAUCACCAUUUAGAUAAUGACAGCCCACAAACAAACACAGUCUGUCUGUCUCUCUGUCUGUCUCUCUGUCUGUCUGUCUGUCUGUCUGUCUCUCUGUCUGUCUGUCUGUCUGUCUGUUUAGGGUUAUGUUAUUUUUUACUUCCACCUUGUCAAAACCUAGCGUCUGUAUUACCCAUCACUCAAAAUGACCACCUAUUGCCUGAUAAGAAAGUCAGGUGUUUUACGAGUACCAGGUAGUGUAGCUAAAAGCUGCUAGUCUCAACAGAAAUGGGGAGAAGGCUUCAGACGUCUGGCUCUACAUCCCCUUUUUACUCAUCUUCAAACUUUAAGUCCUUAACCCUACCUGAUGCUUCACAAAUUUCACUUUCUAAAGGUUCUCUCUACAAAGCUUUAUUCUACAGUUACUGCAUAUAAAAAAGUAGUCUGCAAGACUGUUAAUGAACUUGCAGAAAUCUCCUUUUAAAUGAGGAAUUGUCAACUUACAGGCUUCUGUCACAGCUGGCAGCACAGGGUCGACCUAAAGUACUCAGAUAGUUUUGUCUGAAUACUUAAAUUCUAUAUUUUGUUUAACUGUUUAUAUGUCUGUCUUACUAUGUUUUCAUAAAAAUUAAUAGUUGCUGACCCUGUGACCGUUCAGAUCUAGCCCUGUUUGAGGGGUCAUGAAGCACAGAACAGGAAUUAGAGCAGGAGUUCAACGGAGUGUUUUUGAAGUCUGAGUGUUGGAGUGAAGGUAUGUGCGCAGGUUGUUCCAUAGGUGCACUAUUACAGAAAUGUUCAUGCGUGUGUCAUAUCUCUGACAUCAGGACACAGCAUGGCAGAGACGCUCACAGUCGCCCUGCGUGUUGCUGAGGAGGCAAUAGAAGAGGCCAUCGCUAAGGCAGAGGAGUUCAGUGACAGCUUGGAGAAGCAGAAUGAGGCUCGGUAUCUACGGGACCACAAAGAGGAGCUCAUAGAGGAACUCGCCACAACCAUUGUACAAAAAAUCAUCCAGAGGAGGAAGCGCUCAGAGAUGCAGACAGAGUAUGACUUUGUCUGGCCUCAGCCUCAGUCCAUGAUCCCGCCCGAUGAACUCCCCUCUCCGUCUCAGACGCAAACCUCGUCUCAAGGAGCACAGGACACUUUCAAGAACUCCUACACCCUCUGGCGAUCCCGGUCGGCGUUCUCCCUCACCAGUGACGACUCGCCAGAGAAAGUCCCUGAAGACGAAGGAGCAGGAGCGAGAGGUAACCUGCAAAAUUACGCAUCCCUGAAAAGAGAGGGUAAGGCCACUUCUCUGCCAAGCUGGAGGAGUGUCGACCGCCUGGACAACUCCAGUGCAUCCUCAGUGCUUCACAGCCCAGAUGGUAACUGGAUCGCUCUGCACAGCUCUCAGCUGUCUCGUCCCAGCCUGCUAACCAAGAGGAAGAGCCUUGUGUUCAGCGUGUUGGAAAAGGAGUCUGGCGUCGUCUCAGCCUACGAUGAGAUGGGAUCGGACUCUGAGGAGGGCGACGAAGGCUGCUGGGGCGUAGCGCUGAGACAGUUCCGCCGCAAGCUGUCCGACGAUACGUACUACACGGACUCGCAGCACGACCCAGAGUGGACGUACACGCAGCACCUCCCCAUCACCUCUCCAUCCUCAGGCCAGUUCACCAACACAGAGACUCUUAACUCGGACUCAGAGGCUUCGUCGGUUCUGUCUGCGUGUCCCCGGAAACCUCCUCACAACCACCUGAGGAAGAAAGGCCCGCCGGACACCCAUCUGCACCCUCAUAACCUCUACCACCAACACCUCCAGCAGAACUUCUCUCCUUACCCACACCACUCAGAGGCACUGGAUGUGAACUUUAAUCCUAAGGUGAUGGGAGACAGCAGUGAGGCAGAGGAGAAGCAAAGUGACCUCAUCAGAAGGUCCCGGCGACGCAGGAAAAGCAAGAGGGAGUCGUCGUCAGAGCGGAGCAGGCCUGGAAGCCAGACUCACUCACAGACAAUCUACCCAUUAGUGCAGGAGAACGGUGGCUAUCUACUCAACGCCCUUUUGAAGAGGAGUAUGAGUGAGGAACAGUCAGUACCUGACAGUAUGCCAAUGGCCACAGCUGCACCAGAAGCUUUCAAAUUAGAUGCCAUGACACCCGAGUCGGAAGACUUUCACACAGUUCUCCAAAAUUCAGCUGCACUCAGCUCCCAACAGCCCCAACCUCUGGCUCUGGGUUCCCAGCAUUCGCCCAGCAGCCCUGGGCCCGUAGAUCCUCUGGAAGAAGGGCUACGGUCCAGACUCAACCAAAUGGUCAGCCGCGCCAACAGCAAAGACAGCAGCUCCUCUGAGGAGGAGUGCACGAAGCGAGCUGCGGAAAAACAGUUAGAUAACGAAAGUGACAGACAGAGAGAGAAGACGAGGCCGAAAGACACAGACAGAGACAGAGAGAGGCAGAGGGUUCUGGAAAGAUUACGAGACAGGAACAGCAUUAAGGAGAGAGAGAAAGCAGGUGACACAGUCAAGGUGAACGGAAAAGAGAUGAAAAGAGGUGAGAGACUAAUUAAGAGUUCUUCGGUGAGAGAGGAAAGAGUCGGGAGGAGAUUAGAGAAAAGGGUGGAAAGUUUGAAGGAGAAAUUAGACGAGCAAGAGCAAAAGAGAGGAGAAAAAAGAGAGCUGAACAGACAAAGCAAGAGACAACACAGAAGAGACGCGGAGAAGGAAACGGAGCAGAAAGGAGGAGCAAAGAGAAGUGGAUCCAGUGCAAGUUCCCCUGCUAUUACACCUUCAUCCCAGGAGGGGGUGCUGUCAGACAACCAGGAGGGACAGAAUGACUUGGAGCAGCAACAGAGGCUCCAGUUGCUCUCCUGUCUAUUACAGCAGCAGAAGUACUCGGCUGCAUCUCUCUGCAGCAUCACCACAGAGGUACUGAAGGUUUUGAACGCCACAGAAGAGCUGAUUGGGGAGGCAGGAGGUGAGAGCUUCACCCCGUCUGAGUCCACGUGUGCUUCUCCCGUGUCCAACAGUGCAGAGGCCCGCAGGCUGGAUCAGAGGCUGACCAAGAUGGAGGAGAAUGUGUACCUCACUGCUGGUGCUGUGUAUGGGCUUGAGGGGGCGCUGGGGGACCUGGAACACUGCGCCCGCAGUAUUAACAGUGGAACCACAGACACGGAGCUGGCCUUCUUGGAGGACCAGGUGGCCACUGCAGCCGCUCAGGUUCAGCACUCUGAACUACAGAUUUCCAACAUUGAGUCCAGAAUAUCAGCUCUGAAAACAGCUGGGUUGAAUGUGACUGCCUGCAAUCGCUUCUCCAAGUUUAAGCCAAAGGCCAAGCCUCAAACUUUGGACUCUUCACGCCAUCAAAGGAGGAAGCUUCCAGCCCCUCCAAUGAAAGAAAAAAUGGAGCCAGAGCAGCAGGUGAAAGCGUUUCGGCCAUAGUGACAGUCAGCAGCACAAGUCCCUCAGGGCCAUUUCAGAGCUCCGGGGACAUGGGGGCCCUUCAUCCAGUGCCUUGACCCAGUGUCCACCUCCAACUCCAGGCCAAGCAGGGGCCAACACCUGACCUGUGUGGCCCAUCAAGCACUCAGCCCUCAGCCCGGCAUGGUACCACAUCAGUCUAAUGACUGACCAUUUUCUCUUUUUCCACUUUACCCUUCAUUUUCUCCUGCUCACCACGUGCACAACAACAAGCAAAGAUGACUCCACAGUCUCUGCCUUAAAAUCCGCUCACUCCUCAUGACCGGACAGAAAGAAAAAAAAAGAAACCUGUACAGACGAAAAUAACUCAUCACCUUUUCUAUCUGUUUGCAAGAGUAUUGUGAUUUACUGUACAAUGAAGAUGUGGAUUAAUCAUGUGAAACUCUCUGUGAUUCAGUGUCCCAAAAAGAGGCUGUAUUUUAUAUUGCAUCUUCUUUCAUGCCGAAGGACAUUUCACAAGGAAUGGUCUCAAACUUUCAGCCCCUACAGAGCUUUUUUUUAAUGAUUGUCCAUUUUCACACACAUAAACACACUCAAACACACACCAUUAUCUGAUAAUAAAAGACCAUUUAUGUAA